AUGUCAGAGUACAUUGAGAACGGUGCGUCUGGUUUGAGAACUUCAUUUCAUGCUUCUCUUGAUGCUGGGAACAGGGCUGCUAGAGCCAUUAAGUUCGCGUUCCCUCAUCGAGAGGAUGAGCUCGCCGCCUACGGAGAAUAUAUCAAUGACAAGUUUGACCGCAGGCUCCAGCGAACCCAUGAGAGGCUUAUCAGAUGCGACAAAGCUGUCCGGAAUAGAGCCGCAAACUCACGAUGA